CAGUCCUCCCCCAAAACCAAAUUAAGAGCGCUCUCAUCUGAGACAUCUGUGCUCUCAAAUGGCCAAGGUUCAUCCUCUCACAGUGGCACCCACUGAAGAUGCUUCUUCAAGUAGCACUGCUUCAUGUUCUAACAAAUAUAUGACUUCAAAGAGAGAAACAUUCACAGUAUGGAUGAAGUCACUUGUGAUGCAAGGAAAUGGAUGCACUGCCUUCAACGAAAGUGGUGAGGUUGUGUACCGCAUCGACAACUACGACGAUAAGCACAGCAAUGAAGUCUUCCUCAUGGAUCUCCGCGGCAAGGUUCUCUUCACUCUGUGCGAGCAGAAACUGGGACUGCUUAAGCGCUGGAAGGGCUACGCAGCCGACGAGGCUAAGCCAAUGUUUCGAGUAAGAAAGAGUGGCAGAUCAAUCCUUGGAAACGAAGAGUCAAGUUCAUACAAAGUAACAAUGGGAUCUGACGGCAGUUUCUACAGGUUGCAGAGUAUGGAGGCCGGAAAAUCAGCAGCGCUCAGAAUAACAGACAGUAACGGAAGAGUUGUGGCGGAGGCUAAACGAAAGCAGUCGUCUUCAGGAGUUGUGUUGGGAGAUGAUGUACUGAGUUUGGUAGUGGAGGCUGAUGUAGAUCACUCCUUUAUCAUGGCUCUUGUCACUGUCUACGGCUUAAUCAAGCGUCAAGUAUGAUCCAGUACUUGGUGUGCAGCUCAAAGCACAUAGUUCUAGCUAGCAAGUAGUGAAUUUUUUUUCAUUUGGACCCAUUUUCGGGUCAUGAUUGA